GUAGUGUUUUCUUCCUCGUUCCCCGCCAUGAACGCGGAGAACUUCCACAGCAGCGAGAGGCUGGUGGACGCGGCCUACGUGCGGCAGGGGGCUCAGGGGCGUCGCGCGCACGAGCUGCGUGUGCGGGCUCUACUGGAACAGGGCAAAUGUCCUGAAGAUGGAUGGGAUGAAAGCACGGUUGAACUUUUUCUUCAUGAACUUGCAAUUAUGGACAGCAAUAAUUUUCUGGGCAAUUGUGGUGUGGGUGAAAGAGAAGGAAGAGUUGCAUCAGGGCUCGUAUCCCGCCGGCAUUACAGAUUGAUCCAUGGGAUUGGAAGGUCAGGUGAUAUUUCUGCUGUCCAGCCAAAAGCCGCAGGCUCUAGUCUCUUGAACAAGCUUACUAAUUCAAUUGUCUUGGAUAUUAUAAAACUUGCCGGCGUCAGGGCAGCCAAUAGCUGCUUUGUGGUCCCCAUGGCGACUGGCAUGAGUCUAACGUUAUGUUUCUUAACCCUGCGGCACAAAAGACCAAAGGCGCAAUACAUUAUCUGGCCCCGUAUAGACCAGAAAUCCUGUUUCAAGUCGAUGAUUACUGCAGGUUUUGAGCCUGUGGUGAUAGAAAAUGUAUUAGAAGGUGAUGAGCUGCGUACAGACCUCAAAGCAGUGGAAGCUAAAAUCCAGGAUCUUGGGGCUGAUAAUAUUCUCUGUGUUCAUUCUACCACAUCAUGUUUUGCUCCAAGGGUACCUGACAGACUGGAAGAAUUAGCUGAGAUUUGUGCAAAAUAUGACAUCCCCCACAUUGUCAAUAAUGCCUAUGGAGUUCAGUCUUCCAAAUGUAUGCACCUCAUUCAGCAGGGAGCACGAAGAGGCAGAAUAGAUGCUUUUGUGCAAAGUUUGGACAAAAAUUUUAUGGUUCCAGUAGGUGGUGCUAUCAUUGCUGGCUUCAAUGACGCCUUCAUACAGGAAAUCAGCAAAAUGUACCCAGGAAGAGCAUCAGCCUCUCCUUCGUUAGAUGUUCUCAUUACAUUGUUGACCUUAGGCACAAAAGGGUAUCAACAGCUGCUAAAAGAAAGAAAGGAAAUGUUUUCCUAUCUUUCAAGUGAGUUGAAGAAAUUAGCCGAAGCCUACAAUGAAAGACUGCUGGAUACACCUCACAAUCCUAUCUCCUUAGCAAUGUCACUCAAAGAGCUAUAUGAACAAAGUGGUGCUGCUAUUACACAACUUGGAUCAAUGCUUUUCACCAGACAAGUUUCUGGAGCAAGGGUGGUUUCCCUUGAAACGCUGCAAACAGUGAGUGGCUACACUUUCAAAGGUUUCAUGUCUCACACCAACAAGUAUCACUGCGCAUACCUCAAUGCCGCUUCAGCCAUUGGGAUGACGAAGGACGAUGUAGAUGUGUUCUUAAAAAGACUUGAUAAAUGUUUGAAGUCUCUAAGGAAAGGAAAGAAUGAUGAAAAAGAUUCACCUGUAGUGAAUGAAGAUGUUUUCCCUGCUAUGGGAAAAUGCAAUGUAGCUGAAGGAGACACCAAAAAUUAGAUUAUAGAGAAUAAUUUGCAUCUUAUAAUGUGCAAAGCUUAUAUCAGGGCCAUAUUAUGCAGUGCAAUUAAUGAAAGAAAUGAAAAAAAUAACCAAAAUAUAAAUUACUUAGGGCACAAUCCGGUGAGAUUUGUUCCUCAUUCAAAUGAAUGGGAGCUAUGCAAGUACACAGCUGUGCUCUUGUGUAGCUCUCAUUUAUUUCAAUGAGACUUGUGCAAGAGACAUUUCUGCUGGAUUGUGCCAGCAGAGAACAUUCAGAUUAAGGAGUGUUUUAUGCAAAAUUUAUGUGUGCAUUGAAUUAGUACAUACCCUUCAUUUGGCGAAGGACUCAUUAAAACUGCCUUCAAACUGUUAGUGAGGGCCAAGGCCUUGCACUGGAAAGGUCAGGCUUUCAGCUUUCCAAACUUGAACUGAGUAAAUGACACUCUGCGUGUGUGAGUGAGUGUGAUGGACAAACAGGCACAAAGACCCAAUUCAUACAUUAUUAUAGCAACAUGGUAGCCACCAGUCAAUAGCACUGCUUUGAUGCUGUCCCAUCUAACCCUAACCCCAACUUUUGGGUGGCAUUAAUUUUUAUCAGCCUUGUUUGCAUUGUGAUUAGCAGGCUUGGUCCAACUUAGUGCUGUCAUGUUGAACCCACUUUACACAAACCGGCUUCUCAUACAGAACAGCACUCCUACAGUUCCAGUUUUCUAAAGUGAAUUGGGCUUGAGUGAUCUUUUCCAAAACAUUUCUGCCUACUUGACUUGCUGCAUUCAGCACACGCCAUGCAUGAGUCCCACUGAAAUGCGUGUGUGAGCUGCAAAAGAGCAGAGUACUAGUGCUGUUGUGAAGCCUCCAUUCAUUUCAGUAGGGCUUGUGCAGGAGAACUUCCUGCUGGAUUAAGAAUAGCUGCAGUGGACUACCUUACAAUUGAAAGCCUCCGGUCGUUUCUGGUUGCCGUGGUUGGAUAUUGAUGUGGCAGUGAGCAGGAGGAGGUGGUGCAUACUGGCCCUCAUGGAACAGUGACACAUGGAGCAAGCCUCUCUUGUAAUGGAUGGUCCUGGCCACAGGGCCAGGCCCAACAAAACAAAACAAAUCAUUGUCAUCGCUGUGAACUCAGAAUCAAAAGAAUCAAAUGCCUGUUGAAUACUAAAACGUUGGUUCAUAAGAUGUGUUUAUCUGUGGUUACUUGAUAUGUUCUAAAUUAAACAAAUCCAUUGUUUUCCUUUUUGAACUUUAAA